UCUCAGGCAUGAGUCCUUGAGACUUUUGUGGGUCCACCCUACGGAGUGUCCAUCUGUGAAACUGUUGUCGGGAUGUUUUUUUGUUCGAACUUUCUUACAAAGUUUGAGCCUUUGAACUAGCCCAAAAUGGUUGCGCAAAACAAAAAUGGCUGUCUUCCUUUUCGAUAGACUACAAGCGUGUUGCGUAAUCAAUUUGUCAUAAUAAUAAACUCGUACUUUUGCACUGUCCUGUAUGAUAAGGGUUUGUCUUUCACUCAAGAUUAUCCGAUUUAUUUAUUUUUUUAUGGUAGGGGGGGGCACAAGGAGCAGAAUGAAGGUAUCCAAAGGGGGAUGGAGGUCAACGCCGGAAGUAUUUUUGUUAUUAUUAUAAACGACGCAGCCCUCUUGACCUGAACGUCUUUGAUCCCAAAUUCAAUUACGUCUCUGAAGGUUCGCCGCGCUCCUUCUGGACAAGUUUGAAGAAAAGUCAUUUGAAAGUAAACACAGAUGCCAUUCGACUACAGAGGUCGGCGGCAUUGUCAAUUUUCUUGGGUUGUGUUUGCUCCUCGGGGGGAUUUGGAUGAAAGGAACGUUAUCGCGCAAGUCAGAUGACUGAAGCACAUUGGACGGAGUUCAUGCAGAAAUGCGUUUGUUAAUGGUAAAUGAAAAAAGCGUGUACAUUUUGCGAGUUAUACACAAAAGUAACUUUAAUUUGUAUUUUGGAUUUCACAUCGCAAAACAAAAACAGAACACAGUCGAACGGCACCUGUUUGAAUGCGAUCCGUGAAUUAGCCUGUAUUCCAUUAGCAUUAGCAAACAUUUAGCUAGCUACUUCUUAUCUUAACUCUUUUCAGUCAGGUAGCCAUCAGAACAAAUAACAGUUCUUGUUUUGACAUCCCCGAAAGAUGUAUUGAGAAACUGUGACAAGUUGGCUAGCUAGUUGGACGCUAAUCCUCACUGAUGGCGUCCUCCACUUGCUGUUUUGUUUGUCACAGCACCUGCACUCUGUUCAAUGAGAAAACAAUGUUUGGAAACAUCAUAAAAAUCAGCCAACAGCUUUUAUUUCUAUUCUGAUAUUGCGUGUUUGUUCAUUAAUGAUGUGUUUUUGCCCGCUUGAGCACCGCUGCCAGCGGACACGUGCGUCACAUCAAAAAGGCCACGCGCAGAUGUACGCAAUUAGCAACAUGGCAGACAUUUAGGGGAAGCAAAGGUCCAUAAAGUGGCAGAUUAUUAUGUUUCAACCUAAUGUGGCUGGAGGGGCCGUGCGACAUUAAUGGAAGCGUUCCUUGAAGUCCGCGCUAAAACUUUACACCCCCCCCCCCUUUGGCGCUCGCACGAGACAAUUAGCGGGGGGUAGAAUAAUGUUGGAGUUUUUUCGUUUAAUAGUUGGCAUCCCACAAGAACAAAGUCAUAUCUUUGCCAGAAUAUAUGAGAGACUCAAUGAAGGACUUUUAUUUUACAAGCAAAAGGUCAUAGGGUUUGCUUUAAGAAUUGUUUUAAGUCAAUCUUAAGAGAUUUUUAGCAAAACUUUGGGUAGUUAUCUUAUAAAUAUAAAAGGUAGAAUCAACUCGUAUUUCGCCAAGAGAUUAAACGGAACUAAUCAAAUGAUAAAUUGGACUUUUAAAUGCAAAUCUGUGACGGGCAUCCCAUUCAAGCUUACGGUCAAAUGGACAGUUAAGCAAAACGUGGCCUGAUAAACACUGAUAAAGCGUCUAAUCCCUUAUGGAAGCUGAAUGUUUUAUAAUGGCAGCACCUGUCUUUUAUCUUUCAGUCAUGCUCUUUGUGUCCUGCCAAACAUGUGGAGCGCUUAAUAUCUCCAAAUCCCUGCAAAGUAAUCUUUUCUUUUCUUCAUCUCUCAAUGUGCAGAUGUAGCUGCUGCAAAGAUGCUGCUUUAGACUAAUAGAAAAGUACUGUAGCCUUUCACAGUGUAUGACGGAAAACCCUGAAACAAAAAGAAUGAAAAAUAAUCAAAUGAAUGGACAGAAAAACAUUUUAAUAUGCCAAAAUAUGAAUGUAGAUUCAUGUAAAAUGGGUUUACAGUAAAGGUCAAGUGGGUGGUAAUAAACAGCCUGAAGCAAACAUACUUGGCCUCUUUUUGGGAAUAAUAGUUGCCAAACUGUGACGGCUUGUAGUGCAAAAAAAAAAUCUAAAAGUGGGGCCCUCGUAAGUCAAGGCACCGGUUUGCAUACAUUUUUAUCUGGCGACAAACAACCCACCUGCCCCGGCGUGUGAGGCUAAACCAACACGGUGUGUCUCCUGCACAAAAGAUGCCGACGUGUGGCGGCAGAAGCCCCUCAGUCCACGUCCACACCCCCAAAUGGGAAAAAAUGGAGGAGGAGGGGCAGAAAAUUGUGAUUCCCAUUCAGGGAGUGUCAGCAUUGCACAAAGAGCCACCGCAUAACACUGGCGCUAAAUCACUCUUAAUGGACUUCUUUCUUUCUCACUAGAUGACAGGAGAGUGCGUGUGCAUGCCUUUUAAAACACAAUGUUAAGUAAAAGCAAAUGUAGACUAUUAGUUUCAUGCAUUUUGUUUUCUUCCCAUGAAAUCGCGACAUUUUCUUUUAUAUAUGUAUGUAUAUAUAUAUUUUUUUCUGUCCAAAAACAUGACCUCAUAAAAUCCAAGCGCCGCACCAAAGUUGCGUCACCCUGCUUCCUUAUUGGCAAUCAUCAUGUCGCGUGUGCCGACUAUAUGUUGAUCAUGCUCUUUUUUUUUUUUUUUUGAAGUUGUGGCUAACCCCGUUGACUCAGUCAAGUCGUGAACACCCCCCACCAUCAGCCUGUCUUAUUCUUGGCACGGGUCGGCCUUCAAUUUGAGUUCACUGCUGCUGGGUGGAGUAUGUUUAUGUCGCAGCGUCAGAGUUGAAGGUGGAGGCACAGGAGGCCGAUGAGAUGCCUGUUUAUCCUUUAUUUAUUUUAUUCCUGGUGUGGACAAUUAUUUGUUGAUCUGAUCUAAUCGAGGGGAGGCCUUUUUUAGUUGUGAUUUAUUUUAGUCGUCGUCUUAUUUUCUGACAGGAAAAGUAAGGUUGUCUAGUUGAGAGUCAUUUAUUUGUCUCCCUGAUAUAUUAGAGGGGAGACCUUGAUUGUUUGUGAUUCUCCAAUGCGCUGUUAAAAUGAGAUAUGAAUAUUUGAAACAACUGCCAGUGAGCUGCUGACUGAGCAGAGGCGUGCACUCUGUCAUAAUUGAAGCCAGUGUUGCGUGUUGGAUGGAGGCUUGUCCUCACGGUGUCCCUCCCCGAGCGCCGUGUUGUUGUUGCGAGACCUCCCACCAGAAACCCCCUCCCCAAAAACAACAACACUAAUCCAAGUAGAUUAUUGUCUGUGAUAUCAUCUAAGUAAAAUUGUACAAAGUCAAACUUGAAGCCCUUUUAUCAAAAUCGUUGUAGUUUGAAAUUUCACACAUCCCCGUGUCCAUAAAAAACAAUCUAUUACUUAUAUACUGUCAUUCCAAUCAAUAAAAAUAUUAAUUAUACUAGACAUUAAUACAUUUGAAAUAAUGCAAGUAAAUUUUUCAUCGUCUCACACAUGAGAGGCCAAUAAAUUAGCUUUUCUUUUAAAAAUAAAAAAAACCUUGAAUAUUUUCUGUUGCCGACAAACUUCAGUUUAAUCUAUCAGUAAUAUCAUAAAAGGAAGGCUAGGAAAUGUGAAUAUUGACUUUCCAAGUUCAUUUCCAGUGUGCGGCCCUAAAUUUUCUACUUGAGUUAAAAAACAAAAAAAAGUAACCCCAAAACUGCUUCCCUUCUUCUGCCUCUUCUUCGCCGCUCUCCUUGUGUGGUCCACCGUCAUUCCCAAACAAUCGGCAUUAAUCCAGGGAGGCAGUGAAGGGGGGCUGGCUGGAGUGUACAGUACACACACACACACAGCCCGAGCAAGGACUUUAAUGGCGCUUUAUUGUCUUGUUCAAAAUGUAGCAUCCAUCAAAGACUGCCAUUAAUGUGUUGAAGCCUUGGAAAAAAAACAACUUCAUCACUGAAAUGAUUUUGCUGAGUCCACAUUUGAGUCAUUAAAGCUUCAUAUAGCAAAAUGAUUUUGAAAGCUUGUUGCCUCCACCAAAAUCUAAUUAUGCUUUGCCUGGUUUUCAUAAAGGCUAAUCAAGCGGCCUGAGCAGCCAUUAGCGAAUCACCGCAUACACUUUUUUGACGCCACAUCUGCUAACACCCCCCUCGUCUCCCCCCCCCCUUCCGUCCGCCCUGGUGAAGUUGUGGAGAAGAAGCGGGUCACUUGCUGCCUUACGGCCAUUACCGUAAUGAACAUUGGCAUUGUUAAUUGUUUUCCGUUGGGCCUAAUGAGGUGAGGAGCCGUACGAUGCAAUUAAGGAAAGGUCGAGGAAGAAGCCCAGGGGGAGAGAAAAAAAAAAAAAAGUGCAAUAAGGCGCUGGAGUGGAGAGGCUGGAUUGUCAGUGCAAGUUAUGAUUAGGAGGCACAGAAGCAGCCAUGUGAAGAAAUGAAUUUCAUGCCUGUUGAUUCCGUAAAUUCUCUUGGAAUGUUGGGAUUCCUCUGGAAAGCGCUGGGAUAUGGGAGGACAGAUGAGCGGGAGAAGAUAAACAUCAUCCCCUGACGUAAAUGAUUUAUUUUUCAAAUGAAAUGAGGCAAACUUUAGCAAAGAGCAAAACUCUCUCCAACAAUGUCUGACAUGUCAAUCCAGGCUGCUUGUUGUGUUCAUUGAGCGCCACCAUGUUCUUUUUCCUGUUCAAUGAACCAACUCAAUACCAGUGCUGCCUGAGCCAACACGUCACCACAAUGGCGACGAGAACGAGGCCAGGCCUCUCAAGCGACCACAAAAGCGCUGACACACAAGGAGCACACGUGGAGCGGGGGGCUGAAAGCGGGACGGCCGCGCCCUCGCCCGGGCUGCCCUCCUCGUUCGCCUUCCCCCCUCGUGCCUCCGCUGGGCUAUUGUGGGCGCCGGCCAUGACCUCCCCGUCUUUUCCGGCUGAGGCCGGAGUGCUCCCUGAUGGCCCCAAACAGGAUUAGUCCCCCCGCUCAUUCUCUGUGGAUUUGCUGGCGUUACCGCCGCUCGGCUGGACCGUGGUGCUUUAAUUACCUCGCCACCAGGGGGCCUCGCAACGGCCCUGUGGGCAACAAGCUCAGAGCGGGGAAAAAGCUUCUGUCGGCAUGGGAAUAAUCCUGAAAUACCGCGGGGCUACACGAAAGGCCGAGAAGGUUUUGACCCUGAUGUUGCUUCAGUAGCCAGCUAACAUUGAUCCAUUUUCUAUUUUACUUUUUAAAAAUAUCGUUGACUUGAGUUCUUGCCACUGAUUUUGCGAUAUUGUAGCACAUCAUGCGGUAUGAAAUCAUCUGAUUGGUGUCACGGCGCAGUUUAUUAUGAUGUAUUGCGUCAAUACGUACCGCUACGUAGAUGCUAAUUGUUAGCCUGUGUUAGCGGGUGACCACGCGGGGCUCCACCACAAAAUAUACAGUUGGCUAAAUUUUUCUUUGAUGUCGUGCCACUUUUUUUUUUAUAUGUGCCUUUGCUCCAUAAAUGUUGGCAAACACCUAUUUAGUGCUUCCACAUGCUUAACAACAGCAAACCUGUAUCUUGCAUUCAUCUUUUUGUGCUACACCUGCCAAAUAUUUAAUCACAAAAAAGGCAGCGAUGACGUCAGCGACACCAAAGCCCAGCUGGACGAGUCCACCACUCCCAUUUAUACGGCACCUUUUGCCACAAAAGCUCGCUAAGUGCUUCCCGCUUACAAUUCACAUGCGGGGCGGCGAUAUUAAACGCAGCUUGAGGCCAAGCUAGACAGCGUGGGCCAGUUUUCAACAUCUGGACUUGGCUUCAUGACGCUGUUUGUGAGUCAGUGUAUGUUGGCAUAUUGUGCGCGUGUGUGUGUGUGUGUGUGUGUCGGGCCCAGAGAGAGCACGGGUACACACAAAGGUAGGCCUGUGAGUGUGACGUGUGGAAAAUUCCGGUGGGUGUCAUGCCAAGACGUCCUGAGCUUGUGAGGCGGGCGGGAUCCGCCAGGAAUGUGAGAUGAUGCAGUGCACUGCCCACAUAUAUAAAGAUGAUCUAUGUUGUUUUACAUCAUGUUGUAAAUGCAAAAUAAGCUACUUGAUGUGUCGCGUGAGCUGUUGAGUUAUGGCUGCUAUUCGGAGCAUGUUAAACUUCUUCGUGCCGGUCCAAGAUGCCUCAUCGGGCCUGACGAUGUCCUCGGGCUGUUCACCUGCUUGGCCUCUCCGUGUGACCUUUCGGAAAGAUGCCAAAAUAGUCGGCCCCACCUGCAUUCCCUGCACAACUUCCAGGAAGUCGCUCGAUUAAUGAUGCCCAUUUUUUUCUGAAUCAUCAACUUGUCGUGUGCGUUUAUUCAACAGGCUCAACGGCGUGUGAAAACACAUUGGGGCGGCUGCCAUUUUGCGCCUCACUUGGUACUUUGACGGCCACGCGGUGAGACUUGAAUAUUUCAUUUCUUGUGGGAAGAAUAGCAUCUAAAAAAAAAUGACAGGUUAUCUCUGGCGUCUAUUUGAGGGAAGCGUUUACUUCUCACAAAUCUGCUCGGAUCCAACAGGGCUACCGACUCUCCCACCAGGAGCUGGAGAGAGACCCCCUUUGCAUCUGGUCCUGCUUAGAAGCCCCAAAUACCCACCCCGGACCGGCUGCUCCCAAUUCCUUAUCCCCAAAAAGCAGCAAUCAUUAGCUUGUCUUGAGCGCCGCAAAGACAAAUGGCGACUCGUUUGACGUGCAACUCGAGUGUGCAAAGAGGAAGCACAUGCACAAAUACAUAAAUAAACGGCGUACACGUUUGGAGGCAUUCCUGCAGCACCUGCAGCCACUUAUAUUUAGCUGCGAGGGGGAAAGAAGAAAAAAAUAAAGCCUGUCAUGUUUGUUCACUGAAGGAAACAAGUUUGGUUUUAAUUAGAGCGCCUGCCAAAUGUUGAGGUAACCGCCCGCCUUUCUUUUGGCGUUGCUUUUUAUUUUUGGUCAUAUAUAUUCUUUAAAGCAAUCAGGAGGGGAAAAAAAAACAUGAAGGAUCAGUAUGGACGGUGUCAUGUGGCUCGGUAGUGUCAUGUGAUUUCAGCGCCGUUUUUGACUUUUUGUCAUUAGAUUAACAGCGAUCUAAAAAAAAAAAAGGACAACAAAUUAUUUUACUUUCAAACAGUCAUUAAAUGCACGUCUCCCGAUAUUAAUGUUGCUUUUUUUUGUAGGUCUUUUCAUGGUAGAUAGCCCCACCAAAUGUUAUGAUGCAAAAUCAAUGUUGUGUUUUCAUGAUUGACAUGCCUUUUGUUCUCCAGGAUGGAGAGCCAGGAUAGAGCGCUAGCGGGAUGAUCUUGAUGAAAAGCAGAGAUGGGAGAACACGAUAAUGUCCACGCCAACUCGACUCGGGUCCAAAGUUGAGCAGAGCUCCGGCAGAGUAAUUGUGCUCAGAUGUCACCUGUCCAACUUCUCAUUAGCCCCGCCCCCUCCUCUUGUGUGAACAUCUCAGCAAUGGAAUAGAAGACGCUCUGAAAAGAAAAAACGCCUCCGUGACCGAGGAGUCCGAGGAACCAGAUAUGUUAUCUGGAGGAAUCUGGAGGGGAAAAGCAUUUCCCAAUCUGGCCCGCCUCGCCUUGGCCCGUCCUGCCUGCGGAGGAACGAACCAUUUGGACCGCAGGCCUCUUCCUGACAUCUGACAAUCCCCCCAAAAAAAAGAUCUGACGAAGGAAAAAGGGAGAUAAGAUAUGCUGACGCGGCCAACUGAGUGCGAGCCACAAGAGAACAGCCGUGGUCAGCCAGAGGUUAUUUCAGCCUUGAGGCCGCCAGCGACUCGGGCAGCUGCGGGCAACAUGACGAGAGGUGUGAACUCCCCCGAGCUUAAUGAGCCCACGGCGCAGGCGGAUUACACGGCGGGUCAAAGACAAUCGUGCUCUCAUCUGAUGGAGUGCAAACGAGUGAGACCUUACACACAUUGAUGGAAUUCCCGGGGGGGACCACGACGGAAAGAGAGAGAGAGAGAGAAAGAGAUCCCACGCCAGUGAUGCAGAAAGCAGAUGGAGAGAGACGUUUGCCGUUCUGUUGCCUUUGGACCGGCUCGCACCUGGCGAGGCUUCACCUGCCGUCUGAGACGUGUCGUGGCCUAUGUGAUCAUCUUGUUGACUCACAUCCACAUGCACAACACAUGGUUGUGUCGCAGCCCCAGCCGACUGACCAACAUUUAGAAUGGGUGCCAAAAAACGACCCUCUCGCCACACCCACAUAGACUUUAAUAAGCCUGGUUAAGAACACUAUUUGAUUGUGUGUUUUUCUGACUGCCGAUUUACACACUUUUAACGACUCAUUAAAUAUUAACAAUAACAACGUGACUAAAUGACCUUCACUAAAUGACCUUUGUAAUCUUUUUAAUGAAUGUAAAUCAGACAUCUAGGUCAUCCUUGUGUGUUUUUCGGCCACAUUCCGUCAAAGUGUUAAUGCGAUGCAUACAAUCCAUUCGGGCAACAAAGUCCCUCCUAGGCCACCUCCUCCUUGCCGUCUUCCAAGAUUCCACCUCCUGUCUCCGCCUCCUUCUUUCUCUCCCUCCCUCCCUCUCUCCGGUUCCCGGUGGGAGCAGCGUGCAAGCGAGCAGGGUUGGGACAUUCCAGCCUGGCCGCUGCUGCUAUGAUCCACGGAGCGACCAGACACUGGCUCCAGAGGUGCGAGUGCAGCCCCAAACCGCCUCCCUCUGCUCGGCGGCUCCUGACAAGUGAGCGUGUGUAGUGGAUUUUUUCUUCUUCUCCCGGUAUGUUUUUGUUGAUCGAUACCAAAUCCACGCAAGUGGAAUAAGGUCCACACCUGUGAGAAGUGCUCCAGCGUCCACCAGCAACUGAGCGCCGUUUUUUUUUUUUUCUCCAAUUUCUCUAUUCAUCGCACUUUGGUCCCGAAGUUUACGGACUCUUCUGCGGGACUGAAAGUCUCCACACUCUCCGGUGCGGUGGUCUCCGUGUCUUCCGCGUGGAAUGGAGGGCCCCGCGCGGAUUUUGCACCGUGAGAAUGCGUUUGGCUGCUGAUACGGCCCACGGCAACCAGCGCUCCUGGAAACAAGGUCGGUCAAUCGAAGGAGGGCGUGCACGCCGAGCGAUCACGGCUGCGGGUAGGGGUUCGAGGGCGCCAUGGACGGUGGCCUCAGGGUCUUCCUGUCCACUCUGCUCUGUCUCAGUCAAGACCUGCUUGUCACCUGCACACUUCACUGUCCAUCUUUCCGCUCUGAGCCAGCCUCGUUGGUCCAGAGUCCGGGUUCCCCGGCCCGCCUGCGCUGCGCCACCAACCCCCAGUCGGCGGAGCUCUCCUGGCGCUUCCGGGGCGAACCUCUGCUCAGUGACACCCUGCCCGGCGUGGAGCUGAAUGACGGGACGCUCACCAUCGCUAAUCUGCAGCGCGCCCACGUCGGCGUCUACCAGUGCGUGGCGCGCUCAGGACACGGGCUGGCCGUCGCCAGCCGCUACGCACGUGUGGACUUGGCAGAAAUCUCCCAGUACGAAGACAGCCGGCGCCGCUCGCUGUCCGUCCAGGUCGGCGAUGCGGCAAUCGUCGAGUGUCCUCUGCCCCGUAGCGUGCCGCCGGCCUUCCCCCGGUUACGAGUGCGGGGCGAGCGCGUCGAGGCGUCCACAGACGACUACUUAGUCCUUCCGUCCGGCAACCUUCAGAUCCCGUCCGCCUCGUUGCACCAUCGGGGCGUCUACAAGUGCGGCUCGUACAAUCCGGUCACCGGGGAAACCGUCAUGCAGACCCACGGUACCAAAAUCUCUGUCCGACAUGCAGAUUCCCCCUCUUCUCCAGCGAGGAUAGUUUAUCCCACCAGCCCCAAGAAUGUGACACUGCAGCGGUCCCAGUCGUACACGCUGGAGUGCGUAGUUUCCGGAAGUCCGGCGCCGUCGUCCACGUGGUUCAAGAACGGCGAGCGGGUCCGACUGGGGCCUUCGUUGCGACACCUGCGUGACAAUUUGGAAUUUGUCUCCGUGACGACAGACGACAACGGAGUAUACGUUUGCGCCGUUGAGAGCGAGCAAGGGACGGUGAUGAGCGCCAACUACACUGUGAACAUCCUCGAACCCGCUUCCAUCCUGGUGGGCCUCGCCGACCAGCGCGUCGCUGUCGGCUCAACCGCACGUUUCAGCUGCGUGGCCGCGGGCAGCCCCGCCCCCGACAUCACCUGGCUGUUCAACGCUGAGCCCGUGCCCGCCUCGCACCGGGUACGGAUUUCAGAAGGCCAGCUGGUCAUCUCGGGUGUGGUGCCGCGGGAUCAAGGCGUGUACCAAUGUCUGCUGGACAACGAUAUCGGGUCGGCGCAGUCGUCGGGAAUGCUGAGUGUGCAGUCAGAUUUGAACCCCGGCGUGGACGUUUGGCCCUCACUGCCCCCCAUGCAGAGCGAUGAGGGCGGCGAGCGCUUUCUGACGGAAGAGGAAGACGAGCCGCCGUCCGAUGGUGGCGCCCUCCGUCUCACGCCCGACGCGCCCAUCAUCACCAGCCCGCCCCAGACGUACAAACCCGACAUUUACGACCUGGAGUGGAGGGCGGGGCCUGACGGCGGGAGCCCCAUCAACGCCUAUUUUGUCAAAUAUCGAAAGGUGGACGAGAUGGCCACCUUGAUGGAGAGCUGGCUGACGGUGCGAGUGCCCGGCAGCGAGCGCUCGCUGCGUCUCUCCGAACUGGAGGCGUCCAGCCUGUACGAAGUCCUCAUGGUGGCCCGCAGCUCGGCGGGUGAGGGCCAGCCGGCCAUGCUCACCUUUCGCACUGGAAAAGAAAAGAGCGCCUCGUCCAACAAGAAUCCGUCCCACAAGCCUCCAGUCGUCCUGAUGCCGCCCAAAGUCCCUGAGGACAAAAUGCCCAACACGCACUUUGGAGUGGUGAUCCACGACAGAGUGCCCGAGGCGCCCGACCGGCCCACCAUCUCCAUGGCGACGGAGAGCUCCGUCUACGUGACGUGGAUCCCCAGAGCCAACGGCGGCUCGCCCAUCACAGCCUUCCGCGUGGAGUACAAACGCAGCCGCAACACCGAGUGGGGCGUGGCGGCCGACAACAUCUCGCCGCUCAAGCUGUCGGUGGAAGUUCGCAAUCUGGAGCCCGGCGCCACCUACAGGUUCCGAGUGACCGCCAUGAACUUGUACGGCGAGAGUCCCCGCAGCGUGGCGUCAAGGCCGUACCAGGUGCCCCAAGCCAGCCCCCGCAUGGCCGACCGGCCGGUGGUGGGACCGCACAUCUCCGCCACCGACGCCAUCAGCGACACACAGAUCAUGCUGCGCUGGACUUACAGUCCCUCGAGUAACAACAACACUCCCAUCCAAGGCUUCUACAUCUACUAUCGGCCCACCGACAGCGACAACGACAGCGACUACAAGCGCGACGUGGUCGAAGGUGGGAAAGACUGGCACAUGAUCGGUCACCUACAGGCGGAGACGUCGUACGACAUCAAGAUGCAGUGCUUCAACGACGGCGGCGAGAGCGACUACAGCAACGUCAUGAUCUGCGAGACCAGAGCACGCCAGUCUCCAGGCUCGCCAAGCCAGCGUCCCGUCACGCCGCCGUGGCCCCACCCGCAGGAGCCCUCCGGGCCACCCGGGGGUCUGCUGUAUCUCAUCGUGGGCUGCGUGUUGGGCGUGAUGGUCCUCAUCCUGCUGGCCUUCAUCGCCAUGUGCCUGUGGAGGAACCGACAGCACAACAACAUGCACAAAUACGACCCUCCGGGUUAUUUGUACCAGCCGGCUGACAUCAACGGACACGUUCUAGAGUACACCGCUUUGGCCGGCACCGGCCGCAUGAACGGCGGCGUCCACGGGGGCUUCGGGCACGGCGGGGGUGGCGCCAUGUUGCCCUCGGGGUGCCACCACUUGCACCACAAACACCCCAACGGCCUGCCACUGCACAACAGCAACGGCGGCCUCUACCCGGGCGGACACUCCCACGGCCACGAUGGCACCCUGCCCCACCCUCACCACCACCACAAUGGAGGCGGCAUGUACACGGCUCUUCCCCAAUCGGAAUCCUCAGACUGUGUGAAUUGUCAGAACCUGUGCAACAAUAACAGGUGUUACAAGCCUAACGGCGUCCUUACGGGCGGGACGCUUCCCCUCAUGCACCGAGCGGCGCCCUGUCAGCAGGACGGUCUGGAGAUGGUUCCUCUGAAGCAGGCGGCGACCUCCCCGUGCCGCCACCGCUGCUCCCCCGCGGGCGAGCUGCGUGCCGAUGACCUCGACAAUCGCCAAGUCCCACACCCGCCCGAUGAGCAGCGAGAUUCGUCGCCUUCGCAACGCUCGUGUUGUCUCGAGGGAGAUGACACGGAAUGUCCGGGGGAUGGCACUGCGGAGGAGGAUCUGGACUGCGUGGAUCAGGACUGUCCAAUCCCGUGCUGGGAAAAUCUGGGCCUUCCGGACUCGGACUGUGAUGAAAAGCCCUGCUGGAUGUCCGGCGGGGGUGAGCUGAUCCAGGCCAGUCUCCAGGAAGUCUGAGGUCCCUGCGACGUGACAGCUGGACAGUCAGAGCUGCUGUGGUGAUGUCACAAAGGACCUAAGAGAGGACAGCCGGAGGACCUGAGAAAAGACAGUCAAUGGACCUAGUACUUUGUCCGACAAGGACGGCAAACUUUCCCAGACUGAGGCGGAACUCCCAAAGACUCCUUCAGAUGACUUAUUUAUUUUUUUCUAGUAGAAAACUAUCAAUUCAUAUGAAUGUAUCUGUGUCAAAGAACAAAGUUGUCAGUUUUAUAUUAUUUAUGCUUUUUUUUGUUUGGUUUUGGCCUGAGAACUGUUUUGUGUUACGGAGAUUUAGCGACUUGUAAAGUUUUGUAAUAAUAUAAAGAGACGAUAAGGAAGAGUAAGUCAGCACACUGUUAGCUUCCUUCCUCACGGUUAAAAAACA